UCACCUCUCUCACUCCCUCCUACUUCUUCUCAUUAUAAAGCCUGUCUUCUCCAUCAAUCUGAUCUUCGUCUAUUUUAUCUUAUUUUCCCUGGUUUUGUAACUGGACAUGUAGCAUCCAUAUAUGCUUCCGCUCGGGAGCUACUUCAAUGGACUCUGAGACCUCUCGGACUCGGUAUCCCUCAUGACUGACCGGCUCGGCCUCGUCAAGAGCCCGCUAUAGCCUCGGUCCACUCGUCGCUGAGUCACAAGAUGAGGAAACCAUCGACGGGCGCGGGCCGGAGCCACAAGGAGGCGGAGAGGAGGCGCAGGCAGCGAAUCAACGCCCACCUCUCCACCCUCCGCUCUCUCCUCCCCUCAACCUCCAAAAUGGACAAGGCGUCCUUGCUUGCCCAAGUGGUCCACCGAGUGAAGAAGCUGAGGCGGCAGGUCGCCGACAUGGCACGCCGAGAUGGGCCUGUGUGCUCGGGCCUGGAGCCUCCGUGGCCGCUUCCCGGCGAGUCGGACGAGACGAGUCUGAGUCGCUGCAGCGGCGGCGAGGAAGGCCUGGUGGAAGCGACGGUGUGCUGCGACGACAGGCCGAGCUUGAACAGGGACUUGGGCCGGGCUAUUCGGGCUUUCGGAGCCAGGGUGGUUCGAGCCGAGAUGGCGACGUUGGCCGGGCGCACCCGGUUCUAUUUGCGGAUCAAGUGGGCUGGGAGGGACUGUGAAUUUGGUGGGUUGAAAUGGGCUUUGAGGGCGGUUGUGGAGAAUCAGGCUUCAAAUUCUAGUUCGGACCGAGUAGCGGUAAGGGAUAAAAGGACUUGGGCUUAUAGUUCGGUUGACACUGGGGGUUAAAAGACCGAUUGUAGGAUCAUAAGUUCGCAUUAUAUUCGAUGGAAAUCUUAUCUAAGUAUCGAGUACACAUAUAUCGCGCUCGAAAUCUUACCGUUGAACCAUUUUAUUAUUAAAAUAGUUCAAAUUCUCGUUAGUAUAUGGCAGUGAAUUCGCUUUCCACACAAGAAAACCAAAGCACUUCAAAACGCUGUCGAUUUCGACUUGAUUGUAUUCGUGUAUGUUAAAUUAGGGUUUCUCUUUCUAUAUUCAUC